AUGUCGUCUACUAACGAAACGAAAGAUUCAUCUAUUAAUAAUAAAGGUUCAAUUGAAGGUAAACAAAGCCCUUCUGAUGGUGUUGAUACCGGUUCAAAAAAAGCCGAUACAGAAACUGGUCGACGAGCAAGUUCACAUGAAGAUACAGGUGUUGAAAAACUUGUUUCAUCAGGUGGUUCAGGUGGAAUACAAGUCCGUGAUGGACAAGGUUAUGAACAUUAUGCUCAGCAUUAA